CGGCGGGUAAUUGGUUCCAAGGUUCAAGGGUGAACCGCCCAGCAGCGCCAGUGCAGCGCGGACCAGAGCUGGAAGGCACAAGUGUCAAGGUGACAUCGAAAGUUGAACAAACAAUGGCGGAUCACACCAGUCCUAAAGGCAGCAGUGGAGACUUUGCCAAAAAAGUCCAAAGGCGGCUGAGCAGAGGCAAAGAAAAGGUGCUGCAGAAACUUGGCAAGUCUGUGGAGACCAGAGAUGACCAGUUGGAGCGUUACGUCCUCCAGUUUCAGGACCAACAGGCCGACGGGAACAGAAUCUACAAGGAGCUGAGUAACUACAUUGAAGCGGUCCGAGAAAUGAGAGAAGCCUCCAGACGCCUCUCGCAGUCUUUGUUCGACGUUUACGAAAGCCAUUGGGUGGGAGAAGAAGACAUCGGCGCCAUAGUGGAGGGCGAGGACCUCCUGUGGAACGACUACGAGGUGAAGCUGUUGGACCAGGCAGUACGGACCAUGGAGUCCUACGUGGGCCAGUUCCCUGAUGUCAGGGAGAAAGUGGCCAAGAGGGGCAGGAAACUGGUUGACUACGACUCGUCCCGACACCACCUGGAAGCCCUGCAGACGGCCAAGAAGAGGGACGACGUCAAGAUCAGCAAGGCAGAAGAAGAGAUGACCAGCACCAAGCGUGUCUACGACGCCAUCAACAGCGAGCUGAAAGAGGAGCUGCCUGAGCUGCAUGAAAGCCGCAUCGGAUGCUACGUGACGGUCUUCUCCGCCGUAUCCAGCGUGCGAGAUGUCUUCUACCGAGAGAUGCGGACGCUCAACAUGGACCUGGACAACGUGCUGAAGGAACUGCAGGCUCAGCAUCCGGACAAAGUGUUCGCGGUUCAUGGGGUGCAAAGGUUGGGCUCCCUGAGGAGACGCACCCUGUUGUCCCCCAAGGCCUGGAAGUCCAGUUUCUCAGACUUCCACCGGGGCUACAACCCCAACAAGAGGUUCAGUUUCCGCUCUCCGGAAAAACCUCGCCACGGGUCCUUGUCCAGGGAGAGCGCCGCCGCCGUCGCCGUGGUGCCGCUGACCCCUACCCCGGAGAGUCCCGCCUCUGAGUCUAGGGGGUCCAGCCGCCACCAGGCGCACGCCCCCGCCGAGGCCAGGGAAAAUCAGGCGGCCGAUCAGGAGCCGGACGACGGUAGCGAGGACUCGAAGGCGCCGGAGAAGACCGAGGACGCCGCGGCGGCGAGCGAGAGCAGCUGUGACCUCAACAACUCCUGUGAGUCUCCGAGUCUGGACUUGCAGCUGGGAGAGGUCCCACCAGACCUGAGUCUGGACUCCCUCAAGGUCAACGGACUGGAGGACGGACACUCUCAGGACCUGGACCUUCCACGCCAGGACCUUCCCGCAGACGCCAAACACACUUCGAAUGACCUUCCAGCAGAAGCCAAACACACUGCGAAUGACCUUCCCGCCGACGCCAAACACACUUCGAAUGACCUUCCCGCAGACGCCAAACACACUUCGAAUGACCUUCCCGCAGACGUCAAACACACUUCGAAUGACCUCCCUGCUGACUCCAAAAGCACAGAAGUGUGACGACUCACUCCCUCAAAGCUGCUGCAGAGGAAGGAGGAGCGAGAGGAGCAUCUGUCGUCCAACGCCAUCUUUGAUCCUCAGCCUGGUUUUUUAUGUAGUCUACCAGUAUUGUGUUACUAAUCAUAAAGUUUAGUGUACUACUACUGUACAUCUAUAACUAAUUAUAAAGUUUAGUGUACCAGUACUGUACAAGCAAGAAUUACUAAUCAUAAAGUUUAUUGUACUAUUAUUGUACUAAUCAUUAUAAUCCCAGAGAGACAAUAUUUGCUGCUAAUAUAUUUGAUAUUUUCAUUUGACAGUAAAGCAUCUUUUAUGAUCAUUU